AUGAUGAUGAUGCAGUCCGAGUUCCCUCCCAUUUCCUGGCCCUAUCAUGAUCUCACUGAUUCAACGAUCGAUCCACUUGGAAACUACAACUCCAAUUUUGAGUUCCAUGUUGGUGAAUAUGGUGUGAUACCUUCGCCGAUUAGCGACACGACUGGCAAUCCGGUCGCCCAAUUCGGCAUGCCUACUGCUUUUGAUGCAUCGUUGGGAAUCGGGUAUGAACUCGAGGAUUUCGCCAUGGAUUUCGAAGGAUUGGAGGCCUUCUUGAACGGUGAUGAACCUGAGAACACUUGUGAUUAUUCGGAGAUGAGUGAUGGGAGUUUCGCUUUGCAACAGAUGACGACCGAGACAUGGAGCCCAAGCACUUUGUCCAUGUCGAAGUCGGAAGAGUCUAAUUCGGUGGGCGUGUCUGCAGCAAGGUGGUUGCCCUGGACCUUGCCCACCGAAGAAAUGGAAAUUGACAACUUGCUCGGCCUCCAGCACCUGCUCGAGGCCUAUGGCCAGGCUGGGGAUAAUGAGCAAAAGGAACUCAUGGAGGUCAUCUCGAGGCGCAUAGCCGAGAAAUCGAGCCCUCUGGGUGAGGUGCUGGAGCGGCUUGCCUUCUAUUUGUGCCAAACUCAUGAGGACCGGAGCAGUCACUUGAGACGCGAGUUGUGCAAGAACCUUGAGGCAUCUUUCCUCGCAUUUUACCAGGCGUUUCCCUACGGGAGGUUCGCUCACUUCGCGGCGAACUCAGCCUUACUCAAGGCGAUGCCUAAGGAGGCAGAGACAAUCCAUGUCGUGGAUUUCGACAUGGGAGAAGGUAUCCAAUGGCCGCCGGUAAUCGAGGCCGUUGCCUGGAGGAACAAAAUGUUGAAGCUCACAUUGUUGACUUGUGAAGAAGAUUGUGGCCAUGAUGCUCAAUUGAACUGGAAUGUCGACGAUACAAAGAAGCGGCUUCUCGAUCACGCUCGAUCAUUCGGCGUGAAAUUGGAGGUUGAUAGCAUGAACAAUGCAAAUCUAGUGAACGAGCUUAGGAAGAGGAAUGAAGGAGACACUAGCAAAGAGUGGAUGGUCUUCAAUUGCAUGUUGGGAUUGCCUCACAUGGGAAGGACUACUACAAGUAGAAGAGUGAAUGAUUUCUUCAGAGUGGCCAAGGAAUAUUUGGCCCAUGGUGCUGAUCGGUUCGGUCGUCCCGCAGGGAUCAUAACUUUCAGCGAUGGAAACGGAUUCGAGAAGCUCAACAACUGCUCGACCUUCGGGGAGUUUUUUGACCAUUCAUUGGGGCGAUGUCACUCAAUCUUAGAGUCGAUGCAGUCAGAUUUUCCUCCUCAGCUUUUGGAGUCACGAAUUGCCAUGGAGACUCUCUUCAUUGCGCCAUUCAUCUCGUCUCUUUCGUGGCUCGAUAGAUGGGGCGAAACAAGAAACGUCACAAAUGCCCCGGUCGCGCAAGGCCUAGACCGGUUGCCAGUAGGCAGAGCGAGUGUUGCGGAAGCCCAGGAAAUGCUGAGAGGGAAGACAUCUUAUGAGGUGAGGCUUGGAGAACAAGAGAAUCAGAUGGUCCUGGAAUGGAAAGGACAUGAAAUGGUCAGAUUUUCUACCUGGGAAUACAGACCCAAGAGACGGUAG